UCGGUCACUUUACCCACUUACCUUACUGAACUGAAGGACGGAGAUGACAUCAUGUGGUUUUAUGAGCACACUUUCAUUUCUGAAUUCUAUAAAAGCAGAAUUACAUAUCAUGACUGUAACGAUGGAAGAUUCUCUAACAGACUUCAGCUGGAUAGUAAUAAUGGAUCUCUCACCAUCGCAAACCUCAUUAAAACCCACUCUGGAGUGUAUAAAUUAAAGAGUCCUACUGCGUCGCUAAUUGAUCACAAUCAACAGUUGUGUCAGGGUUAUAACAUUACUGUCUAUGAUACUUUGCCAGUUCCUGUCAUCACCAAUGACUCAACACAGUGUUCAUCAUCAUCAUCAAAAUGUGUGUUUUUGUGCUCAGUGAAUGUGACACGUGUGAGUCUCUCCUGGCACAAAGGAAAGAGUUUAUUGUCCAGCAUCAGUGUGUCUGAUCUCAAAAGAAGCAACUUUCUGUGUCUGGAGGUGGAAUACCAGGACACAAACACGUACAGCUGUGUGGUGAACAACUCAUUCACCAACAAAACUACACGACUUAACAUCCGUGACCUAUGUAAAGAACACAUCCAGCAUCACAAUAUUUAUCUUGUAAUUGGCAUAGAUUUUGCUUUUAUUAUUACUAUUGUGUUGAUCUGGUGCUGCUGCAGGAGGGGGUGAGCAAGUCAAGGCCACAAAUAUAAUUGACAGCAUAUGAGACUUGUGCAAAAGUCAUUUUUAAAGAAAUGAAGUGUUGUUUGUAGAUGAGCAAUAUUCAGUCUUUCUUUGCCUGUGUUUUUAUAUGAAUUGAAUGAAGUGGCACCAUUAAGAGCCUUUAAACAUUGCUUUAUAAUAUAUUCAAAAUAUAAAACUUUGUUUUGGUUAGGUCCUAUUAAGGUUGUCUGAGUUGGUAAAUCACUUGUUAGAUUUUGUUUAGCUGUACAUUUUUUUGUUAAGAUUUUCACAAAAAUCUCAAAAUAAUUGCGGCUACAUUAGAUUGUGAAACAGAAUAAAUGUUAUAAACAUGAGA